AGCAACGGGCGUGUGGAGCGAGUCGGAACCGGAGCCACGGGAGCCGCCGGGCCUCAGCCAUGUCCUACUGCCGGCAGGAAGGAAAGGACCGGAUUAUAUUCGUGACCAAAGAAGACCACGAGACACCGAGCAAUGCUGAGCUGGUAGCCGAUGACCCCAACGAUCCCUAUGAAGAACACGGUUUGAUACUGCCCAAUGGAGACAUUAAUUGGAACUGCCCAUGUCUCGGGGGAAUGGCCAGUGGUCCCUGUGGAGAACAGUUCAAGUCGGCCUUCUCCUGUUUCCAUUACAGCACAGAGGAAGUCAAAGGUUCAGACUGUGUGGAUCAAUUCCGGGCCAUGCAAGAAUGCAUGCAGAAGUACCCAGACCUCUAUCCCCAGGAGGAGGACGAAGAAGAGAAAGAGAGCGAGGGCGCGGAGGGGGCCACGGCAGCGGCCACGGCCACGGCCACAGCCGCAGCUGCUGGGGCAUCUCUGACCAAAGAGGAGGGCUCCAGCUAAUGAAGACGGACGGGGGGUGCCCGUCUCCUGCCUUUGCGCCUUUCAGAGAGGUGUGGACCUCGUGCAAAAUGGCUCUUUGGGGGUCUUCACAGAAAGUCUCUUACCUUUUCAUGUUUUGUGCACUGUAUAUGAAAUAACUUAUUUUGAUGGUCAGGGGCCUCAACCCUGUGACACAAACACUGAAAAAAAGAUGGGAGUUCUGUGUGUGUAUCUCUGUGUCUGUGUGAGCGUGUGUGUGUGUACACCAUGUAAACCUCUCAGCAAAUAUAGCUGCUGCUUUUGAAUUCUUGUCCAGAGCA